AGGAAGGAAGGAAGGAAGGAAGGAAGGAAGGAAGGAAGGAAGGAAGGAAGGAAGGAAGGGGACACACAGAAAGAGGGAGACAGACAGACACAGAGAGACAGAUAGACAUACCUAGAGAGAGUGGGAGAGACAGAGAGACACAUAAAUGUGUUUACCAGUCCACAGCACCAAGUACUACCAGGAUCCAUAGCAAGGUUUAUGUUAAGGAAGCAGCUACCAAACCUGCUACCACAGUAACUAACAAUAUGCUUGAGGAAAACACCUCAGAAAGGAAAACAACAUCCAGGAUCUACUGUGUCUGAUACUAUCAAGUUCAAGUCACCUUGGUCAGAGUGUGGCUACAAUAGAUUGCUACUCUCUAUCUAAGGGAACUUUCUUUCCCCUGAGUCCAGUGGAAAAUGACUCAAAGCCCUGAGGUCACUGCCGUACCACGGCCCAUUGUUUGAAGAGCCCUGUGUCAAGAGACCACGACUUUGAUCCUUCAUGUGUGCUCAGACGACGAUAAUAAACGCCACAUAUUGUGCUAACCACAUGAAAAAAGAGAAACUAAUACAUCAUAAAGAUCUAUACAGAUUUGUGACGCAUUAUACAGAUCUGAAGGGUAGUUAUAGUACAGAAUUGCUGUAUAUCUCAAUUUAGCACUUCUACACCUCUAUGUCCUAUACUUCUAGGUUGUCUCUAUGUCCUAUACUUCUAGGUUGUCUCCAUGUCUUACAUCUCUAGGUUGUCUCUAUAUCCUAUACUUCUAGGCUGUCUCUAUGUCCUGUACUUCUAGGGUGUCUCUAUGUCCUACACAUCUAGGGUGUGUCGAUGUCCUAAACUUCAGGUUGUCUCUAUGUUCUACAUCUCUAGGUUGUCUAUAUGUCCUAUAAUUCUAGGUUGUCUCUAUGUCCUACAUCUCUAGGUUGUCUAUAUGUUCUACAUCUCUAGGUUGUCUCUAUGUUCGACACCUCUAGGUUGCCUUCCUUUCCCAUGUCCUUCACAGUUUCCAGCAAGACAUGACAAAGAUAAGACUCUGUCUGUGUAUAUCUAUUACCCAGUGGCCCUGCAUUUAAAGCAUCUCUUUCUAUAGCUGACCUUGUCCUUGAUCUGUCCUUUCAGGCUGAGAGAGGAGACAGAGUGACUCCAGUGGCACCAUGAAGGCCUUCUUCCUCCCUCCGCUGACGCCCUUCCUCCUUCUCCUCUUGCUCCGGCUCCCUGGCAGGACUCUGGCCAGCGACUGUCCCCAGGACUGCACCUGCUCCACCCCAGAAUCCAUCUUCUGUUUCCAGCGCCGCUCUGCCACCAUGCCCCAAGGCGUCCCGGAACCCACCAAGAACCUCUACCUCUUCGCCAACGGCAUCGAAACUCUGGCGGAGGAAGACUUUGUGGGCAUGGAGAGCCUGGAGAUGCUGGAUCUGAGUCAGAACAAAGUCACGGUACUGCCUGACCGGGUGUUUGAGCCUCUGACUUCCCUGAGGAACUUGGACCUCUCAGCCAACCAGAUCACCCAUCUGUCAGAGGAGAGCUUUGCGGGCAUGGCCCUACUGGAGAGGCUGUACCUCUACAGCAACCACAUCCGGACUAUACACCCUGCCGCCUUCCACGGCCUGGAGCAGCUGCUGGAGCUCAAGCUGCAGGGAAACCAGCUCACCUCGCUCCCCGCCCUAGCCAUGCCCAGACUGCUGCUGCUGGACCUCCGCUUCAACACCCUCCCAUCCCUGGGGUCAGCCGACCUCCAGAUGCCCAACCUGGAGUCUCUGAAGCUGGCCGGCCUGGGCCUCGAAAGCCUGAACGAGGACCUGAUGGCCAGCCUGGGGAAUCUCCACGAACUGGACAUCUCUGGCAACGAGCUGAGCUCCUUCCCCCUGGCGCUGAGGGAGGUCCAGGGCCUGAUCUACCUGAGCCUGGCCGGGAACCCCAUGGGCCCACUGAAGCUGGAGGACCUGAAGAACCUGAGCGAGCUCCAGGAGUUGGACAUCAGCAACCUGAGUCUGCAGGGCUUGCCUGACGGGUUCGCACAGCUUUUCCCUCACCUGACUAAGCUGACGGUGGCAGAGAACCCUUUCAACUGCCUGUGCACCCUGGCCUGGUUUCCCGGGUGGCUCAGGAACCAGGGGGUGACUCUGGGCAGGACGGAGGAGACCCGCUGCCACUUCCCUCCCCUCAACGCUGGGAAGGUGCUGGAGAGGCUGGAGCACAGGGAGUUUGGCUGCCCCACCACCACUACUGUCACCGCUAGCACAGUCAGAACCAGCACCACCAUGCCCCCUCCAGUCACCACCCUGCCUAGCACCUCCCCAGCCAUCCCUGCACCAGGGCCCAGUGAGGAGGACACCUCAACUGGGACAGGCAGCCUGCCCCCGCCCCCCGUCCCUGCCUCUCCCAGCAGCAGCAGCCAAGACCCAGAGGUGGACUUCUUCUGCCCCUCCCAGACCUGCUUGAAUGGGGGCACCUGUCGGCUGGACGGGCAAGGCCAUCUGGAGUGCACCUGCCCUCGUGGCUUCUACGGCACCUAUUGCGAGAACCGCCACCACUCCCACCCCCCUCCCCCUCCCGAUCAGGACCACAAUGACAACAACAAUUACAUUUCCGCGGCAACUGUCACCGCCGAUGCCCCCGACAUCAGCUCGCGCCUGGUGACCAGCUCCUCCAUCCUGCUGGACCUGCACCGCUACAUCAAGGUCCGGCCCUACAUCCGCGGCAUCCGUCUGACAUACCGCAACCUGUCGGGGCCCGACCGGCGUCCCAUGCAGCUCAGCGUGCCUGCUUCCUACCCAGAGUACACCCUGAGGGGGCUGCGGCCCAACUCCACCUACACAGUAUGCGCCAGCCCACUGGGCGACCUCAGCGGUGGGGACAGCGUCUGCACGGUGGCCCACACAGCGGCCCAGCAGCACACUGCCACAGGGAGGCAGGUGGAGGACAAGAGGCUGACCACCAUGCUGGUGCCGGCUCUGGCCAUCCUGCUGCUCCUAGUCCUGAUUGCAGCCGCCGUGGGGAUGGUGUGCUACAUGAGGAGGAAACGGGCCAAGGGCCACCUGGAUCUGGAGUGUGAGCCAGCCCAGCUGGAGCUGGAGGGAGUCAAGGCUGGUUCCAACAUUGGAGGGGCGAUGCCCCAAAAGCAGCCGGAGCCGGCUGUGGUUCAAAAUGGCGGCCUGGAGUACGAGGUGCUGCUAAUACAGGAUCAUUGCUCGCCGAACAACAACAUGGCUCUCUCUCAUAAGCCCUCUUAUUUCUGACGCCCAUCUCUGUUGCUACUCAGACCCAGAGGGUCAGACUAAAUACCUCUAGCUACUCAUUCCCUCACGGACAAGACACCAGCUAGAGUUGUUGGUGACAGUGGAGGAGAAAGAGAGGACCGGCCAGCCAUGUGUCAGCAAUUGAGAAACGGAACAAAUAUUAAACUAUGCAGACAUUAAAAUAUGUUUGAAAGGAUUAUUUGAAAAUAAGGGAGCCUUUUAAAGUGCCUUUAUUCUUAUUUCCACACCUACUGCUUUGUUUCUACAAUCACAUUGCUGGACUGGCGCCACGCGGCUCCCUACUGAGUGUGCCCACUCUCCACAGCAGGUCAAAGGUGAAGCGAGACUGGGCCAGACAGAGAGACAUCAGGGUAGUGACCUAAUCCCUGCUGUGUCUACUCUAAAAUGGGGUCUGCACUGAAAUGGGGGUGCAUUGCUGUGCACCCCUUGUGAUACCUGAACUAUGUAAAAAGAGUUUAAGCAAUUAUUUUGCCCCCGUAGCACCUCAGCACUACCCCAGUGGCACUUGCUGUGAAUGACAUCCGAGUCACCAAAUGAAGAUAACUUUUUCCAGUAAUUGAAAAGCAAGGUGCCGGACAUUUAUCAUGCUUUGUUUCGGCUCUAUUGCUUAGUGAAAUUGUCAUUUUUUUGUUGUGUUUGUAAAUGUUUUUAUACUUUUGCUGUUGUUGUCGUUCUAUAAGUAUGUGACUGUUACCACCCUUCAUCCCCCCUUAACUGCUUGUGAUUUAACAGACAGAUUAAACCCCAGAUUCAAAUCUUUGAAGAUUAAAACUCGUUUGUACCAGCGAAGUCAAUCAAAGGCUUUACCCUACGAAUGUCAGACAGUCUAAGCAGCUGUAAGUCUCGUACUAAAUCCCCUCUCCAUUCUCUGGCCCUCAACCCCGCCCCGCCCCCCACACAAAAAGCACCGAUAAACAGUUUCAGUUGGCUGAAACCUUUACAUUUGUUUCUGUGCUGCAGCGAACUUCAAACAUCCCCUGAGCCUGCCUCAGAUCAACCACACACACAUGAUUACCACAGAGAGGAGGGGAAAAAUAAACAGUUCAUUUCUAAAGGCUUUAUUAAUUGUUUAUGUCCCCAAGAGGGAACACAGUUACUUCAGUAAACCGCAAUUCACAAGAACGCACUUGUUAGCCUAGCUUAGCCUAGCCUCAGAGAGAGAUGCUUGUGGAUUUCCCUCAGGCAGAAUUAGCCUCUAUGGUGCUUUGUUGUGCACCAUUAACUGGUCUUUGGGAAAAAGAGGGUCCCACGUCUUGCUCACUUGCAGCCAAGCAGACUAUGAAAAGUCCAAGCGUAGCAUAUAGUUGAAGGUUUUAUAUGGGCUCUGUCUGGGACGAGGGACAUUUAGGAAAAAAUGUGUACACCAAACUAGAAUAUGCUGAAACACCAGUGUUGAGAUUCAAAUCUCAGAAAGUGAAAACAGUCUAAGUAACUUUAAUGUGUCUGGCGUUAACCUGCCUGCCCCUGAUGAGGAUCUCAGUGCCGACUACAGUAUGAAGAUCUCUGUCGGUAAACAGAUCAGUGAUAAUGUGGAAGCAUGUCCCGUCUUGUGCACAGAGAGGCAGACAUCAAGUCACUGUCAUGCUUCAGUGGUACUGUAUCCACCACUAAACACACACACACACACACACACACACACACACACACACACACACACACACACACACACACACACACACACACACACACACACACACACACACACACACACACACACACACACACACACACACACACACACACACACACACA